AUGUCGUCGCGUGUCUGGUUCAUGGAACAAGGAGGCUCGCAAGACUAUCAGCGUGUUUCUAACGACAGAGGCUGGAACGACGUGAGCUUCCACGGGUCUCGCCAGAUCCCGACGCCCAACCUCGAUGCCCUGGCGGCCACCGGCGUCAUACUGCAGCGCCACUACUCGGCCUCCACGUGCACGCCCUCGCGGACGGCCCUGCUGGCGUCCGUGUACCCGGCUCGCACGAACGUGGGCUACAAAGCGUAUCCGCCUGCCUCGGAGCAGUCCCUGUCGCUGAGCUUCGAGCUGCUGCCGCAGAGGUUGAAGCGCCUCGGAUACAGCACGCACCUCGUGGGCAAGUGGCACCUGGGAUACUCGAGCGCCGAAUACACGCCGACUUGGCGAGGCUUCGACACGUUCUUCGGCUACUACAACUUCGGAGGCUUCUACUUCAACCACAGCGUUGCAUGGCAAGGGCACUGCGGCGUUGACCUCUGGCACAACGUUGGCCAUUCUAUACGACCCGUGACCGACCUGAAUGGCGUCUACUCCACCCACGCGUUCACUCAUCGGGCCACGCAGAUUAUUGCCGAGCACGACGUUCAAAAGCCGCUGUUCCUGUACGUGAGUCACGAGGCCGUGCACGCCACCUGCGACAACUGCACCGCGGAGGCGCCCCAGGAGAACGUGGACAAGUUCGCCUACAUCGCGCAACGCAACCGCACCCUGUUGGCCGGCGGGGCUUCCCCGAAGGCUUAG